AUGCCGAAUCCAACGCCGACCUUGCUUCUUCUUCUACUCCUCCUUCUUCCUUGCGCUCUUUCCACCGCCCAUUCCCCUGCCGCCGCCACGUACUCCAGAUCACCGAGCCGCCAGUUCUACCAGACGGAAUGCCUGAAAGUCCCCAUCUCCCAGUUCCUCGGCACCCUCCAGUCCACCCUCGACAUCAUCAAGGACGUCACCUCCAUCAUCUCCAACUUCGGCGGCUUCCUCGGCGGCCACCGCCUCUCCAAUGCCAUCUCCGACUGCCUCGACCUCCUCGAUUUCACGACCGACGCCCUCUCCUGGUCCAUCUCCGCUUCCCAGAACCCCAAAGGUAAAAACAACAGCACGGGGGACCUGAGCUACGACCUAAAGACGUGGCUGAGCGCGGCAAUGGUCAAUCCCGACACCUGCAUCGAAGGAUUCGAAGGAACAAACACCCUUCUCAAAUCCCUCGUGGCAGGGGGGCUUUCCCAGAUCACUUCCUCGAUCCAGGAGCUUUUGCCCAACAUCGACGGGAAGACACCCUCCGGGGACGGCGGAUUCCCGGCGUGGGUUCAGCACGAGGACCGGAAGCUGCUGGCGGCGAUCAACGGCGUGACGCCGGAUGUGGUGGUGGCGAAGGACGGGAGCGGGAAUUUCACGGCCAUCAUGGAUGCGGUGGCUGCCGCCCCGGAGUACAGCAUGAAGCGAUUCGUCAUCUACGUGAAAGGUGGGGUUUACAAUGAGUAUGUGGAGAUCAAGAAGAAGAGGUGGAACAUCAUGAUGGUGGGGGAUGGUAUCAACCGCACAAUCAUCACCGGCAACCGGAAUUUCAUCGACGGAUGGACCACUUUCCGUUCCGCUACUUUCGCCGUAAGCGGCCGGGGGUUCAUCGCACGAGACAUGACGUUCGAAAACAGCGCGGGCCCCGCAAAGCACCAAGCCGUCGCCUUCCGGUCCGACUCGGACCUGUCGGUCUACUACCGGGUCGAGGUCCGCGGCUACCAGGACUCGCUCUACACCCACACCAUGCGCCAGUUCUACCGCGACUGCGUCAUCCGCGGCACCGUCGACUUCAUCUUCGGCAACGCCGCCGCCGUCUUCCAGAACUGCUCCAUCCUCGCCCGGAAAGGCCUCGACAACCAGAAGAACACCAUCACCGCGCACGGGAAGAAAGAUCCGAACCAGGCGACGGGCUACUCCAUCCAGUUCUGCAGCAUCGGCGCCGACGCCGACCUGCUGCCGUUCGCCAAUUCCAGCUACACGUACCUGGGCCGGCCGUGGAAGAAUUUCUCCACCACGGUGGUGAUGCAGUCGUAUAUUAGUGCCGCGGUGCGGCCCGAAGGGUGGCUGGAGUGGAACGGGCCCAUGUAUCUGGACACGCUGUACUACGGGGAGUAUAUGAAUUAUGGGCCUGGGGCGGCGGUGGGCCGGAGGGUGAGGUGGCCCGGGUUUCACCUGUUGAAUAGUUCGUCCGAGGCCAGUAAUUUCACGGUGGCCCAGUUUAUUGAGGGGAAUUUGUGGCUGCCGUCGACGGGAGUGAGAUACAGCGCCGGGUUUCAGCAGGUGUGA